CUUUGGUUCGGUCUGAUUGAGCAGCGCUCGAAUUCUGUCCAUCUUCUUCCUCGCUUGUCCGUCUCCUCUCCAGUUCCACCCCUUCACAGCCAUCAUGUCAAUUUCUUCGCAGGUCGCAGCUCGUUGCUGCAGGCAGAUCGUCCGCCCGUCCGCCGCUUCUUUGCGCCUCUCUUCCUCGACAUAUCUGUCUCAGCGGACACGGAGAUGGCAGUCCACCGAGGCGGAGGCUGCUGCCCCUGUCAACCCCAAGAUCAACCAGAUUGUUGACCAGAUCAGCCAAUUGACCCUUCUGGAGACCGCCGACCUCGUGUCCACCCUCAAGUCCCGCCUUAACAUCCCCGACCUGCCCGUUGGUGGUUUCGCCAUGGCCCCCGGCUCUGCUCCCGCCGCUCCCGUUGAGGAAGAAGAGGCUGCUCCUGCCCAGCAGGAAAAGACCCUCUUCAACCUGAAGCUCGAAACCGUUGACGCCGCCUCCAAGGCCAAGGUCAUCAAGGAGAUCAAGUCCCUCCUCGGCCUGUCCCUGGUCGACAGCAAGAAGUUCGUCGAGUCCGUGCCCAAGGUCCUGAAGGAGUCUGUUCCCAAGGAGGACGCCGAGAAGAUCAUCGAGACGCUCAAGGCCGUUGGAGCCAAGGCUGUCAUGGAGUAAACGGGUUAAUAUUUUCGAUGAAUUGAUAUAUACCCGGUCACUGCCUGUUUCCCGUCUCCGCAAACGGGCGAUGGGGAUCAGCUUGACCGGGACGUUGUGAUUGGACUGCAUCAUCGAGCUGGAGUUUUGUCUCUCACCACUUAUUACUAUGUGUUUUUUUUUAGUGUUUUCUUUUCUCCGUCAUAUAUCUCUUGAAAUGUUUCUGAUAUAACCGGAAAGCGGGAAAAAGGCGGCAAGUGUACAUUAUCAUCUCUUGAUUUGGACAAUUUGGAUCCCUGAUGGAAGAAAGAUCUGUGUCUAUUCAACUCUUCUGCUGUCUAGUGAGCCUUUUCCGAGGCGGAUGGACGAUAGAUAUGCUUCUCGACUGUUUUACUAUUAUGAAGUUAAUCAUGGUUUUCACUGCGAAACAAUACGUAGAAGAGUCCCGAAUGCGGGCGAAAUAGAAUCAGGAAUGAAAGUAAGUUACGAAGAAUAUCUAAUUCAUUGCAUUUAUAUAACCC